UUGGUUAUGUCUGGAAAAUUUAGUAGCAUGUGGCAUUUACAGCACACCUUAUAGGAACCUUCAUAAAGGGUUGGGAUCGAGGAAGUUUGCCGUGAAUCACAGAGAAGCAAACAAUAAACGGUCACAUUUUAACCCAUCCUUCAAUGUUCUUGAAUGUUGUCAACGUCUGGCAACUGAUAUUGUGAAUACCAAGAUGUCUAGCUUUGUUUGAUUUUACACGUACAGUGCAAUUUACUUUUUGAUCGAGUUUACUUUAGAUAAUCCGAAUUUGAACGCAAUACUGUUUAGCACACAGUUUCAGCAGCGAUUAAAAACCUCAGAUGGCAGAAAGAUAAUAUCCAGUUUGAAGCUGCGCAUAUUUAUCUCACCAAGUCUGAACUUGCUCCACUCAUGCAGAGAAUGUGACCAUUGAGGCAGUUUAACACACCUCAGGUUGUGUCUCUUAUUUCAGCUGUACGGACACUACAAUUGAGUGGUUUAAGUUUAGUAGCCCUGCUGUUUCCGUCAUUUUAACAACAAAACCUCACCAUAACCAGACAAUGAGUAAUACAAUAAUUUAAUUAGAAUGCUUGAUCCUGAUUGGCCAGUCGCGACACUUGCGGGUUCGUUAUUUGGUCAUUCCCAGAAAACAACUGUUCAAAACUAAUAACACCGUAGACCGUAGUUUUUUUUGACUAAUUAAAUACAAACAUAUAUUAUGAUAACAUAUAUGACAUUAUAUUUACAAAUAAUUCAACCAAAUUGCCUGUUCGUGACAUCUGAACGUCGUUUCUUACCGUAAAACCGAAAGGAACGGCUUUUCUUCGAGGAAGGUCUGCAUUUGAUGCAGACUGACCCUGUGUAUGACUAUCCUGAUCUUAAGCCAGUGGGGGACAGACAGGCGUGUCCACAGAGAGGAUCACAGAAGAGCGUCAGUGUAUUGGACCGGCUCUUGUUUACACACACUGUGUGGCUUCAACUCUCCAUUAACUCGGCUACUGCUUUACACAUCUUGCGUUGUGAGCCCCCUGGGACCUUCCUGGUGAGAAAAUCAAGGACAUUGCAGAAAAAAAUUCUGUGCAUUCGACUGGCUGAUGACAACAUGCCGUCCUUCUUUAAACAGUUUGUGAUCCGAGACGAGGAUUCGGCCUUCUCUUUAGAAAGCUCUGCUAUCAGUUUCCCAGACCUGUGCAGACUCAUUGCAUUCUACUGUGUUAGUCGGGAUGUUCUUCCAUUCACCCUUGAGCUACCCGAUGCCAUAGCCAGGGCUUCCUCCCGUAAACAGCUGGAAUCAAUCUCUCACAUGGGUGUGGAGUUCUGGAGUUCACAGUUAAAUAUUCAUGGUCCUCGUAAUGGACCUCCUGUCGCUGACAAACCUCUUCCCCCAACUCCAAGCCCGAACGACUACGCCACACCCAUUAACACGAACCCCACCCUAUUCCAGGAGCUUUGUCCAAUCAGAACACGGAGUCCCAUUGAACUGAAUUACGGGGGCGGGAAGGGUUUGUGUUUCAUAAAUCCUCUCUUUCCGCAAGAAUACUCUGACCAAAGGGCCAUCCACAGGCGUCAUCAUUUCAAAUCCAGUUUGAAGGUUCGCGUUUCGACUGAACAUUCUAGCCCCCUGUCACCACCUGUUACUCCACCUCCUCCGCCACCGUUACUGGCUAAAGCCAAAUGCAAAGCUAGAUUGAAAGCUGCAAAGCAGACCAUCCCACCUGUUGCAGAUCAACAGGCCAGUGAAGAAGAUAUCAAGAACACUACGCAGGUAGCCACAGAUUAUGGAAAGCCAUGUGUAGCGUUACAGAAGAUGACCUGCCCCGCCGUCCUGCCCACCCUUUCCCCAACGGCUGAGGAAGAUGACUAUCAGAUGCCCAAAACUUUUCAGAAGGCCAGAUUUCAUGAGCAGAAAAGAAAGGAGGAAAAUGAGGAUGAGGAGGAAGGGCUGGUGCUGGAACAGCAACACGCACCAUCUCUUAGCGAGCUGGACAGCAGUAGUUCCCUUAGCAGCCUCGACGAGCCGGAGGAAAGUCCAGAGCGUCCCUCUCUCACACGAGGCACCAGCAAUCCCAUCAUCCCUUGUCAGUCACCUCCCCGCAAGUCCAUCUCCGCCCUGCGCAAGAUGAGCGCCGCCUUCAUAUCUUUCUUCGCCCCGGAGAAGCGAGUGGUGCGGAUGGUGGAGGACCUGUCUCGUGACAGGCGAAUGGCAUUCGGCGCACUCGUGCAGGAUUUUCUGAGGCAGCAGAGGGAGGCGUUAAAACCACACGGCUUGACCGCUCCUGUGCAGCUGCUUCAAGAUUUGCGUCUCUUCAUCACUCAGGCCAAGGCGUUUCUCCAAGAGUGCGGAGAGCUUGAACCGCCCAUAGAGACUCUUCUGCCUGAGAAUGAGAAAGACCAAGCUCUGGAGAAAGCCAUGUUCCGUUGCGUGCUAAAGCCCCUGAAGCAUCAGAUCGAUGCGGCACUUCGGACCAUACACAAACAAGAUGGUUCCUUCCAGAGAAUGGCAGAGAGCUUGCAAAGAGCUAAAAGAGAAUCCCCACAAAAGCUCUUCGGGGUGCAGGUGGGCACGCCUGAUGCCCAGGGCAUUGAGAAAAUUAAGGACAAGCUGAACCUAAUGCGACGUGCUUACUCACCCAUCGACAAAGUGCUGCUGCUUUUACAGAUCUGCAAACUUAUUUACAAAGCCAUGAAAAGCAAAUCAGGUCAAGAAUUUGGAGCAGAUGACUUUCUGCCCACUCUCUCCUAUGUAAUGGUGCUGUGCAAUGUGCCGGAGGUCAUUCUGGAAGUGGAGUACAUGAUGGAACUUUUGGAAACCUCUUGGCUUACAGGAGAAGGCGGCUACUAUCUGACAAGUGUCUAUGCUAGUCUGAGUCUGAUCCAAAGUCAGCCAGAAGCUGUGCCACCCAGCUGUCUCACAAACCAGGCCAGAGAGUCUCUAAAGGAAUGGACUCGACGUCGGAGCAAAGAAAGCACAAAUCCAAAGGACAAUAAACUGCACCAGAAGUUUGUAAAGGUGCUGUUUCAGGAUGGAGAGAGCAGCAUGGUUAAAACUCUGAUGUGGAAAACUGGGGUUGAUGGUGAGGGCAUGGCUCAGCUCUGUGCUGUCAAGUUUGGGGUGGACCGGGUGGAGGAUUACUGUCUGUUCUGGAGAAGAGAUGGACAGUUAGCGCCUCUUCCACUUAAUGCUCAGAUUCAAGACGUACAGAGCAUCGGCGCAAGUGGGGUUCCUCUCAUCUACCAGGCAACCAAUCAGGAUGAAAGGUCCCAGAAAUUAAUGAGAGGAGGUGUGGUGGAUCUCGCUGAAGAUACUGUGUAAUAUGACGUUUUAUGAGAUGUCACAUCUGCGACCAAGACGUUGUGCCACUAAUUCAUUUUUCAAUAGCUUGAGUAGUUUUACACAUUGAGUUUUAUUCAACAUUUUAUUAAACCGUUUUAUUAAACACCAUUUUAGCACUUAUGGUUGAACUAAAACUUCAGAAACAUUUAAACUGUUUUUACUUAAUUUAUUUAAUGUUGACUGUAAAUAAGGUUGCAAAUCUUUUUGUCUGUUAUUGGGAAUAUUGGAAAAUGUUAUUUGCACGAGUGUUUAUUUGGUUUGAAUUAUACAGCAUUUCAUUUUGUUGCAUUAUUAUAUUAUUUAAGUCUUAUAAAAAAAUUUGUAGGAUAUAACAUAAACAUUGAUACUUGGUUAUUAUCGAGUAGAUUUAUUAUUGAGUGAUUGUACCAUUUCUGAUUCUGUAAAAUAAUAAUUCACCGAUAUAUUCAUAUUCAAAUUCACAUUGGAAAGCUAAAUAUUGUCACAGAAUUUUAUCUCAUUGUUUACCUGCUGAAAUUAUAGUAUUUAUAUAAAAUGUAUUAUACAAGUAACAGACAAUGUACACACAUUCAAAGAUGAAUUAAUUUUAUUUGGUAGGAACCGUUGCUUGUCCACAAAAACACUGAACACUUUGACACGACAUCCUUUGAGGAACCAAAAGUCUUGUUAAAAAUGAGACUUUACUGUACCAUUUCCCCUAGAAAACAGUCAGUUGGAUAAUGAACCAUUUCAUCUCUAGUUUCUGCAGAGUUUGUUUCUAUUAAAGUUGAAAAGUGUA